AUGAAGGAGGAUAAGGGCGUGGAUGAUAUUAGAAUUGGUGGUGGUGAUGUUAGAACUCGCGACGAUAAAAAAAUUCCUGCCGCUGCUGCGGUUGAUAGAAGAAAAUAUUUUGAUGAUAUUGAUAAAAGAUUUGACGGUAGAGGUAGUGGAUAUGAUAGAAAAUAUGAUGGUGGUAGAAGAAUAGGUGAUAAAACAUACGAUGAUAAAAGUCACCAUGAUGAUAGAAGCGAUGAAUAUGAUAGAAGAUAUGAUGGUGAUAGAAGAAUGGGUGGUAAAACAUACGAUGAUAAAAGUCGUGAUGAUAGAAGUGGUAGAAGAUAUGAUGGUGAUAGAAGAACGGGUGAUAAAACAUACGAUGAUAAAAGUCGUGAUGAUAAAGAUGGUAAAAGAUAUGACGAUGAUGGAAGAAUUAGUGAUAAAACAUACAAUGAUAGAAGUCGUAACGAUAGAGGUGGUGGAUAUGAUAGAAGAUAUGAUGGUGAUAGAAGAAUUGGUGAUAGAAAAUACGAUGAUAGAAGUCAUCGUGAUGAUAGAAGACAUUAUAAUUUGACGAAAAAUUACUAA